UCACAAGUCUUCCCCCAACCCCGGGAUCAGGACGCAUCAUUGGCUGAAAGUCUCGAGUACCUCCCAAAGUUUUUCCAACACCAAUUUUGUCAACUUUGUUACAACUUCCUCGACAGCUUACUCCGAAUUUCUCAACGUGUGGACGCUGCAUGUUUGCACUCCGUGACAAAACGUUAUGUGUUUUCUGGACUGGAAUUAGAUAUCGAUCCCGGCCUCCCAAAAAGAAAGCAUGCCUUACCCUGGAGACUGGAGAGACGAGUUUUCAACAGAUGAGGAUGUACAGCCACCGCGGCUGACGAAGCGCACGGCGCAGGUGUCGUGCCUUCCCUUCAGCGUGGAGGCGCUCAUGUCGGACAGGAGGCCGCUGAGUGCCACGGACAGAAAAUACGGAAAUUACUCUAUAAGCGAUGAUCAGGCGCACAGACCGGAUGAGUUCUCCCAACACUUAGUAUCUAUCAAAUCAGAGCCAUCGGAACGAGCGGACUGUGCUUCUUGGAUAUCCAGCCCCGUUAAGAUGUCAACACCACCCCGGCAGCUCAGUCCAGCAGUCUGCCCCUUGAGGAAGCACAAAACCAACCGCAGGCCUCGCACGCCCUUCACCACCACACAGCUCCUGGCCCUGGAGAGAAAGUUUCGUCAGAAGCAGUACCUGUCCAUCACCGAGCGGGCCGAGUUCUCCUCCUCCCUGUCGCUGUCUGAGACCCAGGUCAAGAUCUGGUUCCAAAACAGACGAGCUAAAGCUAAGAGGCUUCAGGAGGCCGAAGUGGAGAAACUCAAAAUAGCUGCUGGCAUUGGGCCGAAAGCUGUAUUCCACCCAGGCUUCUCGUCCUUCGGUUUUCCCCUCAGUGUUAACCUGCAGGCUGGAUCAGCAGCACUCUACGGACUGGGUUGCUCAUUUGGCCGCAGCCCCAUUCUCCCUGCUGCACAUCUGGCCAUGUACGCCUCACAGGUCGGCCACAGCCUGUUCCACCUCUCCUGAGAGGAAGCAGCAUUUUACAGACAAAGUGCUGUGGAUCUGGAGAGGAGAGUCAUGCACCUUUUAUAAAAGACUUGAUUGUGGACUUGAAGUGGAGCUGAACCUUCAUGGUCUUCACUGGUUCUUGAGUUACAAGGAGAAUUUAUAAAUGUCCUUUUACUGUUCACAAGAGACUCUAUUGAAGGACAAGGAUACAGCAUCUGGAAGAUCCGUCUUUGCUGUUGGCCAAUGCUGAUUCAGCAGGGGUCACUGAUAAUGAAUGGAAUAUUGAUCAGGGCACGUGUAUCUGAUUUAUUGUCCUGAAUACCAGAUUACAUCUAUUGUAGCCUUUUUGAUUUGUUUUUUCUACUCUUCUUGUAUUUCCUGGAUGAUUCCAGCAUUGGGAAUAUUAUUUUUUAUGUUAGCCUUGAAUAUGCAGGAGUAUUUUAUAUUAUACUCCUCUUAGAAUUACAAGAGGCUACAAUUGGACAAUGACAGUUUGGCCUGGUGAAGUGCAUGCUUGCUUGAAAGCCAAAGCAUUCCCAAGUGACACAUAUUUAUUUAUGAUAGCUUUUAGAUUCAUUUAUAUCAUGAUGCAUAUAUACAUUAAAAGUUAAUAUUUUUGUGUUUGACAUUACAUUAAAGCUUUUAGUUAACCCUC